AUGAAGUGGGUUUAUAAAGAAGACAAUCCUUUUGAGAGGAGGCGUGCAGAAGGCGAAAAAAUCCGUCAUAAAUACCCAGACAGAAUUCCAGUUAUUGUUGAAAAAGCGCCUAAGGCCCGUCUCAAAGAGUUGGAUAAAAAGAAAUAUUUAGUUCCAUCGGAUUUAACUGUCGGACAGUUUUACUUCCUUAUCCGCAAAAGGAUUCAACUGCGGCCAGAGGACGCUCUGUUCUUUUUUGUAAACAAUGUUAUCCCGCCGACCAUGACGACAAUGGGACAGCUUUAUCAGGAUCACCACGAAGAGGAUCAGUUUUUAUACAUCGCUUACAGUGACGAAAGUGUUUAUGGCGGGCAACGUUUAUAA